GAAAAGAGGACACGUGGUACAGCAGCGGCGGCGGCGCGUAGAGAUUUCAGGCAUUGGACACAAUCUUUUCUUCUCAGAGUUUCCAGAAUCAUUCAUUGAAUCAGAAAAUGCCUAUCCUCACUGAACUGUUUCGUCAUAUUGAUAAACACCAGAAUCAAUACAUAAAGAAGCUUGCAGAAUGGGUCUCAAUCCAGAGCGUUUCUGCCUGGCCAGAGAAAAGAGAAGAAAUCAAUCGGAUGAUGGAAGUUGCAGCUGCAAACAUAAGACAACUAGGUGGCACAACUGAGCUGAUAGACAUUGGGAAACAAAAGCUCCACGAUGGCUCAGAAAUACCUCUGCCUCCUAUUUUACUUGGCAAACUGGGCUCGGAUCCCCAAAAGAAAACUGUGUGUGUCUAUGGACAUCUGGAUGUACAACCAGCAGCCCUGGAGGAUGGCUGGGAUAGUGAGCCCUUCACGUUGGUAGAAAGAGAUGGAAAACUGUAUGGAAGAGGUGCAACUGAUGACAAGGGACCAGUACUUGGCUGGCUAAAUGCCCUGGAAGCUUUUCAACAAAUAAAUCAGGAUAUCCCUGUCAAUGUCAAAUUUUGUCUAGAAGGCAUGGAGGAAUCUGGUUCUGAAGGCCUGGAUGAUUUGAUUUUCUCUAAGAAAGAUACUUUCUUCAAAGACGUGGAUUAUGUUUGUAUCUCUGACAACUACUGGUUGGGGAAAAAGAAGCCCUGUAUUACAUAUGGCCUCAGAGGAAUUUGCUAUUUUUUUAUAGAGGUGGAAUGCAGUGACAAAGACCUUCAUUCUGGUGUGUAUGGUGGUUCGGUGCAUGAAGCCAUGUCAGAUCUCAUUACUCUGAUGGGCUGCUUGGUGGACAGAAAGGGACACAUUCUCAUCCCUGGUAUUAAUGAAUCAGUGGCUCCUGUUACUGAUGAGGAGCUCUUGCUGUAUGAAAAGAUUGACUUUGAUUUGGAAGAAUAUACAAAAGAUGCGGGAGCAAAGACACUUCUACAUGACUCAAAGGAAAAAAUCUUAAUGCACAGAUGGAGAUACCCAUCCCUCUCUCUCCAUGGAAUUGAAGGUGCUUUCUCUGGACCAGGAGCUAAAACUGUGAUUCCUAGGAAAGUGAUUGGCAAGUUCUCAAUAAGAUUGGUGCCAGAUAUGGUACCUGAGGUUGUCGAAAAACAGGUUGUAAGUUACGUGAAUGAAAAGUUUACUGAGCUAAAGAGCCCCAACAAGUUCAAGGUGUACAUGGGCCAUGGUGGAAAACCUUGGGUGUCUGACUUCAAUCAUCCUCAUUACCUGGCUGGGAGAAAAGCCUUGAAAAGAGUUUUUGGUGUUGAACCAGACUUGACCAGAGAAGGUGGCAGUAUUCCUGUGACCUUGACCUUCCAAGAGGCCACAGGAAAAAAUGUAAUGCUACUGCCUGUCGGAUCGGCAGAUGAUGGUGCUCAUUCACAGAAUGAAAAACUCAACAGGCAUAACUACAUAGAAGGGACCAAAAUGCUGGGUGCAUACUUGUAUGAAGUAUCUCAACUGAACUGAACCAUAUACUUUAUUCCCCACUUUGGAGAGUGACAUCUAACUGGAAAGUUGGUUAAUCUGGUCAUUGGGCCAUUUUCCGUUAGGAGGCCUCUUAUUUUUCUCUUUUCCUUUCAUAAAAACAAGUACCUACUAAAGCUUUGAACAUCUGCUGUUACUAUACCCACUAUACACUAUUAUAUAAAAAUGGAACCACUUUGAGACACAAGGUUGUCAAAUAUUUAUAUUUGAUUCCUAGGUUCUGACAAGGGGCUCAGAAUUUAUAUAUUUACAUAUUCUUGUCUCAGCUGGGCUGCUUCCAAAGUUGCUAUGAAAUUUUUUUUUCCCCAAAAAUGAAUAUUCCAUCUAAAACAGUAAUUCUUAACCUUUUCUGUGUCAUGGACCUUUUGAGAAGUCUGGUGAAGUAGAGUAAUGUUGCCUGCAAUCAUAAUUGAAAAAAAGUGCUAAAUUUCAGUUGGAGGUUAAUGAAAAAUAAGAUAUUUUUUCCCAUACAAGCCCACAGACCCUCUGAAAUCUGUUAUUGAACCCCAGGUGAAGAAUCCCCAGUCUAAAAAAAUUAAGUCCUUGAAAAGAAAUUUUGAACAGCAGGUUGUAUUCCUUAUCUCUGUCUUCCUUUUUUUAAGCUGACUGACGUAAUAUAUUGUUUUAUGAGGGAAAUAUUAAAGAUUAUGAAAGAAAUUAAGGUGGUCACUUUGGCUUUUAUUAACAUCUCAUUCUCUUGCUGCACUGCCAUUGUGUCUCAUUCUCUUCAAGAUUUUGGCAAUUGGACUUUCCUAUCUUUAGGUAAUCGACAAACUCCAUUGAACUUAACCAGGAUAAUUCCUUUGUUUUUUCAUGUAUGUGCUGCUAAAUAAAAAUUUUAAAUGAAGUCUCA